AGGGAACAUCUAUAAUAAUAUGGAUUCAAGUUUCUUAAACAGCAAGAAUUUAUAGGAUUCUGAAAACAUAAGCAAAACCUGAAUAUGUUUAAGAAUAAAUACCUAACUCCAGACUUUGGGUGUGUCGCCGUUCCCGAAUCGAAGAAAUAAGCGUGUCCAGAUUCAAAAUAUAGACGAUUGCUUUGGUGUGUAGUGAUUGAAAUAUACUCCAUAUAUCACAAUCGACGAGCUUCUGGAGGUCGUCUCUCUCUCUUCUGAAGAUAGCUUUGGGAGUCGAUAGAAACAAAGUAACAGCGCGCAGACCGAAAUUAGGGAUGGAUUGAGAGAGACUGCUCAAUAUUUAGCUAUUUGGUAUUUAUUUUCCAUACCAAAUCUCAUAACCUAAUUUCGUUCCUUGCAAAUAACUAACUCCCGGUCACUCGGGAAUGGGGGAAUGCCGGACGAGCUUCCGGAGCGGCGGCGGAGUGGGAGAGUUCAAAAUCGAGGUGCUGAGCGGGAAGAGUUCUUACGGCGGCGAGACGAAGCGGAGCCGUUCGCCGGAUGCGGCGGCGGCGCGACGGAGCGAUGCAGCGAUGCCGUGGAGGAUGGUGAACGACCCGGAGGUGAAGAGGCGGAAGAGGAUAGCGAGGUAUAAGGUGUACGCGAUGGAAGGGCGAGUGAAGGCCACGAUCAGGAAGGGGGUUUGGUGGAUCAAGAACAAAUGCUCCCGAAUCAUCCAUGGCUACUAGAGCUCAUUUCUUAAUUUACCAUAUAUAUCUUGUACUCCCUACUUGUUUGUUGAUGAUAAUUAUUGUUAAUCUAAUACUCUCUUUGCUCCUCUUGAUUUGCAUUUGUGCUUGUUUCCCAAAUUAAAGUUUUGAAGGGGUU